AUGUGUGACAUGGGAGGCCUCGACAACUUGAUUGCCAACACAGCCUACCUGCAGGCCAGGAAGAGUGGAGAUGGAGACACCAAGGAGAUGCAAAAGAGACGCAAGAGCCUCUCACUGCCAAAGGUUGACCAGUGUAAAGACGCCAGACAGUCCAUUGUGGUUGAUUAUGAGAGCAUCUGUGAGCAGCAGCCCAUUGGCAAGAGGUUCUUCAGAGACUUCUUAGAGACAAUGCCUGAAUAUUUGGUAGCUAGAGAAUUCCUGGAUGAAGUAUCAAACUGGGAGUUGGCAGAGGACAAUAUCAAGAGCAGUACCAUGGAGAAUAUGAUGACCAACUUCCUUAAGACAGGCGCCAAAAACUAUCUGAGUUUCAUGAGCUCUGAUUUGGCCAGCAAGUGCCAGGCAGCCACUGAGAAGGACUAUGAGAAUGUUGUGCAGCUGGCCAAGGAGGAAACCAAACUCUUCCUCCAAGGCAAGCCCUUUCAGGACUUCCAGGCCAGCUCCUUCUAUGACAAAUUCCUCCAAUGGAAAGUUUUUGAGAAGCAGCCAGUGACUGACAAAUACUUCUAUGAGUUUCGAGUUCUGGGCAAAGGUGGCUUUGGAGAGGUUUGUGCCAUCCAAGUGAAAAAUACUGGCAAGAUGUAUGCCUGCAAGAAACUGGAUAAGAAAAGGUUGAAAAAGAAAGGUGGAGAGAAGAUGGCACUGCUGGAGAAAGAGAUUCUGGAGAAGGUGAACAGUCCUUUCAUAGUCACCCUAGCUUAUGCCUAUGAGAGCAAAAGCCAUCUAUGUCUUGUCAUGAGCCUCAUGAAUGGAGGGGAUCUUAAAUAUCACAUCUACAAUGUGGGAGAGAGAGGUUUGGAAAUGAACAGGAUCAUCUUUUACUCAGCUCAGAUCACCUGUGGGAUUCUGCAUCUGCAUUCUAUCAAGAUCGUGUACCGGGACAUGAAGCCAGAAAAUGUCCUUCUGGAUGAUAACGGUAACUGCAGACUGUCUGAUCUUGGCUUGGCAGUGCAAGUCAAAGAGGGAAAAAACAUCACUCAGAGGGCUGGAACAAAUGGCUAUAUGGCUCCUGAAAUCCUGAAGGAAGAAAACUACGGCUAUCCGGUGGACUGGUUUGCGAUGGGAUGUAGUAUUUAUGAGAUGGUUGCUGGGCGAACACCGUUCAAGGAUUUCAAAGAAAAGGUUGGUAAGGAUGAGGUUAAAAGAAGAACUCUGGAAGAUGAGGUGAUUUUUCAACAUGCCAACUUCACAGAGGAAGCAAAAGAUAUUUGCCGGCUGUUUUUGGCUAAGAAAGCAGAGGACCGUUUAGGAAGCAGAAAUGAAGAUGAUGACCCAAGAAAACAUAGUUUCUUCAAGACAAUAAAUUUCCAUAGGCUAGAGGCAAACCUCAUCGACCCUCCAUUUGUGCCAGAUCCAUCUGUUGUCUAUGCCAAAGAUCUUGCAGACAUUGCUGACUUCUCUGAAGUGCGAGGAAUUGAGUUUGAUGAUAAAGAUAAGAAGUUCUUCAAAAAGUUUGCAACAGGAGCUGUCUCUAUACCCUGGCAGGAAGAAAUUAUUGAAACGGGACUUUUUGAAGAACUGAAUGAUCCCAACAGAGUAGAUUCCGGGGGAUACGCAAAUGGAGGUGAAGCUAAGUCAGGAGUUUGUUUGUUGUUGUAAAUAUCACGUUUUUAGCAAAAAAAGUAGAAACUAUCCCAGAACUUUCCAUAUUUUUACACUGUCUCAGAAGGUCAGUUUGUCUGUUUAAGAAGAAACAAUCAAAGUAAUAUGACCUUCACAGGGUAGGUAGGACCACAAGCUGUAUAGACUGUAUUAUUUUCCUUUCUCCUAGCAAAGGAUAU